AUGACCCAACACGACCCCCAUCACGACGCCAAACUACUCCCAACAGGACCCAAGCACACCCCACCAGGAGGCCACAAACUACCCCCCAACAGGACCAAACCCCAUCAGGAGGCCCCCCCCCCAACAGGACCCAAGCCCACCCCAUCCAGGAGGCCAAACUACCCCCCAACAGGACCCAAGCCCACCCCAUCAGGAGGCCAAACUACCCCCCCAACAGGACCCAAGCCCACCCCAUCAGGAGGCCAAACUACCCCCCAUCAGGAGGCCAAACCCACCCCAUCAGGAGGCCAAACUACCCCCCAACAGGACCCAAGCCCACCCCAUCAGGAGGCCAAACCACCCCCCAUCAGGAGGCCAAACUACCCCCCCAUCCCCCCCCCAUCAGGAGGCCAGCCCACCCCCAUCAGGAGGCCAAACUACCCCCAUCAGGAGGCCAAACUACCCCCAUCAGGAGAGGACCCAAGCCCACCCCAUCAGGAGGCCAAACUACCCCCAUCAGGAGGCCAAACCACCCCCCAUCAGGAGGCCAAACUACCCCCCAUCAGGAGGCCAAACCACCCCCAUCAGGAGGCCAAGCCACCCCCCAUCAGGAGGCCCAACUACCCCCCCCAUCAGGAGGCUAGCCCACCCCAUCAGGAGGCUAGCCCACCCCAUCAGGAGGCCAAACUACCCCCAUCAGGAGGCCAAACUACCCCCCAUCAGGAGGCCAAACUACCCCCCAUCAGGAGGCCAACUACCCCCCAUCAGGAGGCCCCUACCCCAUCAGGAGGCCAAACUACCCCCAUCAGGAGGCCAAACCCACCCAUCAGGAGGCCAAACCACACCCCAUCAGGAGGCCAAACUACCCCCCCCAUCAGGAGGCUAGCCCACCCCAUCAGGAGGCCAAACUACCCCCCAUCAGGAGGCUAG